CAAUUAAACCGAAACCAUGUAAGUUCGGAGACACGGAAUGUAUCAAAGAUGUAAUGAACUAUUACUUAAAGCAAAAGAAUGGGGGUGAGGAGUCUAUUAACUUGGUACCGCUUGAACCAUUAAAUAUAAAAAAAACUACGAUAAAACAAGGCACGGAUAGUCGCUUAAGCGUUGAAUUGACGUUAUCAAAUAGUCAGGGUUAUGGAUUGAAUACCGUUGAAGUGUAUAAAGUAAAGGGUUUUCACAGCGACCUGACAAAACAACAUGAAAUUAGCUUUAAAAUGGAUAAAGGCAGUAUUAUUGGAAAUUAUGAAGUAAAUGGUAGAUUUUUUUUCUUUCCCAUAAAUGGGAGAGGCAAAAGUAAUAUGACUAUUGUCAACAGUGACGUAAUAUUAAAAUUCAAUGGUACAUCAUACAAAAAGAAUGGCGGCACUUAUAUGAAAGUUGAGAAUAUAAGAAUAAGACUUAAUCCAGGACGUGUUUAUUUCAAUUUUGAAAACUUAUUUAAUAGUGAUAAAGAACUAAGCAAUAAUAUGAAUUUAUUCCUUAAUGAAAACUGGAGGGAAAUAUUUAUCGAAAUGCAAGACUCAGUAAACAAAGUUUAUAGUGAUAUUUAUAGUGAAAUCAUAACUAAAGUAUUUUCUAAAUUUUUUCAGUCAGUUGAUCAGUCAGUCAAUUAG